AUUACCGUCUCCAGCCGAGAGAGGGCGCUGUAUGUCUUCAGUGUAGACUACAGGAGCACUGAGCAGCAUAGAGAGGUGUUCUGUCGAUUUGUCCUACUCUGUCAGAUUUUGCUCUCUCUCAUUGAAACAGUGGGUAGUACAAUUUGAUGACAAAAAAUGCUGUAAAGUUAUGGUCUACACCUACCACAACCCUAGACCUACCCUUACAGUAAUGCAAAUACAGCAAUUGUAUGUUAUAUUUACAGUUGUAGCUAGAAGGGAUACAGCUACAGGAAUCCAACAAUAAAAAAAAUCGACCUAUUAGGUUACAUACCCCAACCCUAAACGUAAACUUAAAGUAAUCCAGAUAUAUUAAAUAUUGUUGUUCAGCAUGAGAAAAAGGAUGCAAUAAUUAUUGGCGCAUCUGCAGUAAACAUGGGUAGGAAAAUCUGAUGGGUUGGAUAAAAUGUCAGGACACCGGCAGCAACAGCAAGAAUAAAAAGUACGCCAUCUUUCUUUGUGUGAAAAUUUGGGCGGCUAUGCAAAUCUUCCCACAUAGUGAUGUAGAGAUGUGGGGGGCGUGGACGAGCCUUAACUUUUAAAAAGCAUAUCUUUUUGCAAUUUUACAGAUCUUCUUUAUGCACCAAGAGCUUGUAACACUCCAAAGAGAAAGGAAAAAAUUAAAUCGCAUUAUAUGACCCCUAAGUGAGUUUAGAGUAUUAUAACCUCAGAUUUGGUAGAUGUUAGUAUGAUUCAGCCGGAAUGCUUUUGCAGCUUGUUGUCAGAAGACUAUUUAAAAGAGUUCAUUUUUGUCUGUACAGUUUUGGUGUCAGGCAGAAAUCGAGUCCUAAUGUUACACACCAGCAUUUGAGGCACGUGAAAAUGCUGUGUGGAUAGGCUAGGCAGCUCGCUAGGCUGCCUAUCCAACCCAUCCAAUUACUUAUUGGCUAGUACAUUAUUUUUGUCCGUUAUGUUUAUUCUUUUUGUCCUUUAUCUAUAAACCCCUCACGUUCAUAUCAGAGCGCCUGCGCGGACGCGUCUGUCCUGUCCAGCGAUAAAUGCCGACUCCAGUCUCGAAGGAAACUCCUCCCUGUCGACAACACGCCGCUCUCAAAGCGCAAUGGUCUCCUGGAUUAUUUCUAGGCUUGUGGUGCUCAUAUUUGGUACCCUUUACCCAGCAUACUCCUCUUAUAAAGCUGUUAAAUCAAAAGAUGUGAGAGAAUAUGUGAAAUGGAUGAUGUACUGGAUAAUAUUUGCACUUUUUACUUCAGUUGAAGUGGUUACUGAUAUCUUUUUGUGCUGGCUUCCAUUCUACUAUGAACUCAAAAUCGCCUUUGUGGUUUGGUUACUUUCUCCAUACACAAAAGGAUCCAGUGUGUUGUAUAGAAAAUUCGUCCACCCUACACUGUCCUCUAAGGAGAAGGACAUCGAUGAAUACCUUUGCCAAGCAAAAGAUAAAAGCUACGACACCCUGAUGCAGUUUGGAAGGAAAGGCCUGAAUGUGGCGGCAACAGCUGCUGUAACUGCUGCCACUAAGGGCCAAGGCGUUCUCUCCGAGCGACUCCGCAGUUUCAGCAUGCAGGACCUGUCAGACCUGUCAUCAUUCCAGGAAGAGGGCCAGGCAAAGAAUGCAAGUUCUGUAACUACUCAACCUGCAGCCGCACAGCACAGAACACACACUAUGAUGCGCAGCAAAUCAGAGGCUGGUUACAGCAAGGGCCAUGAUGUUGACAUGACCGAAUAUGAGAUGUUGAACUUGGAGCAGUAUGACCCCAUUGAGCCUCCCGAUCCGCUGACACCCGCACCCAUCCAGAACCCAACUCAGCCCACUCUGCCUCAGCCUGAGCCCACGAAUCCCCUGCUUUCCCUUCCUGAGUCCUUCCAAGAUAAAUCCACAUCCCAACCCAUAGCCUCAGAGGAGCAUGAGGAGAAGGAGGAAUUUGCCUCAUCUGCUUCAGUCCAAGUCAGAUUUAAGAGGCAUGCCCCUGAGCCUCCUCCUAGGACCCUAAGACCCGUCACCCGAUCCAGAUCAAAGAACGCCCUCUCUUUGGACACUGAAGCCAUGUGACUGUGCAUAUACUCCAAGAGCGCUUUAGCUGUCUUACCUGCAACAUGAGAAGACGCAACGAGGGAAGGCAGAGAAAAAAAAAAGGAAUGCAGCCAAAAUGUUCAAAUAUUCAAAAGCAGCCUUGCUCUAUGAUGAGGUAACCAAAGCAAUGCGCAACCUUUCGCUUCUGAUCUUUGACACUCAAGAGGGAGGGUAUUAAUUUAGGUAACACUUUCACUUGCAUACUACUGCUCUGAGACACUUUGGGGGUUAUUAAACUUGUUUUAUAUAUAUUUAUGGUAUGUUCGAGUGUCGACUGUUUGAUUUCUUGGUAUGAUUUUGGGAGAAACAAACACAUGCAUGUCCCUCUGAUCUCGUGUCUCCAGUCACCCAACCAUAAUCACUGCACACAGUCAUAAUAGUUACUGUUUAUGAACAUAUUUUAUUUUUAAUGGGACUGUGCUCAUUUUGGGUUGCCCAAAGCCCCCUCAAUGACUACUGAGUAGCAAGGUGUUUCAGAAUCAGCCUUUCUUAGAACAGAAAAAUACUGCACUGAUGUGGUAGGUGUGUUUGACUGCAAACAUAACAUUUAUUUCAUGAAUUAUGUAUCAAAAAUUGCAAGGGUUCAUCUGCGGAGAGGGACUUUUUACUACAAGCUUGUAGUUGAACCAAAUAUAGGUAUUGAUCACAAUACCCAAUGUGAAUUGUGAUUUAAAAUAGAUGGACAAAGUGCAAUGUAUUUUACAAUUCUUGUAACCUUUCAGUAGUUCAGCCAUAAACUUAAACUAUUGUGCUGUAACUUCAUAUAUACACAUAAAGUUAAUCAAUAACCAAUAACAAGUUAAUGUUGCUAAAAAUACACAAAAAACUUUCUAAACAGAAAGAGGCAAUUAAGUUGAUUCUUACUUUACCUCAUUAAUCAUUAGGUAUGUUUUAUCAUUUCAAAACUCAGCACUGACUGAUCAACAUGGGAUUUCAUGUAUUCUGAAGCUGAACAUUUUCUGUUAUUUCUUAGUUGGCUUCUUAAACCUUUGUUUACAGUUGUUUGAUGUUGCGUGUAUUCACAUUGACGAGUUGAAUGUGUCUCACAUUUUUGGCCUCCACUUUCUGAACGUCUUCAGUAUUAAAGUACCUUAUCAGAGUUAAGCGGGCAUUAGUGGUGAUUUGGCACAACACAAAGCGGCUUUUUCAGUCAGUGUAGUCGUUUUACUUUUGUAGCAUUCACAGAUUUAGUCAUGAGGAGAAACAAAUGUCUGAAAACAUAUUAGCAUGUAUCACUAAGAAACUUAUAAUUUCUGAUCACAGUCAAGAUUGUUGGAUUAACUUGAAAAUGCAGUGCAUCAACUAUCAAACACAUAGCAAACACAACUGGAUCUUAGAGCACUGUAUAUUUAGAAAGCUUUCCACAAAGUGUUUAAUACUGUGACAAUACGAUGACAAUCCUAGUCUCAUAAACACGCUUUGACUUGUUGUAUUUGUGAUCUUGUAGCUGUUCAAAUGAUUAUAUCAAAACUUCAUGGACAAAAUAGCAGGCUCAGGAACAGUUUUUGUCAUUUUAUCACAAAUGUAUUUCAACGUGAACAUAUCUUCAAUGUGAACUAAAAAAAGUCAUUGGAAUUGUGAUUAUCUGGUUGGCGUUUUUUGUUGGGUUUGUGUUUCCAGUUUUUACAGUGGGAUUAAAAUGCAGCAUUUUCUCUGUGUGAAAUUGGUGUGAUUUUAAAGUGCUCUGUAUUGAACCAUCUUUGGCCUUUUACAGUAUAUAAAAACAGCUGAUUGUUGCUUCUCUGAAUAUUCAGGUCAUUCAGUAUACAAACUUUACAACUUCAUAACAUGUGAAGAGCAGUUCAGUUGUGGAUUAAGGUAAUUUGUCAUUUAGUGGGAAAAUAGCUAUGAUUUUAACCCAUUUUAAAAUAUUAAUCUCGUGGACAACUUUCUGGAUUGUCAAUUUUCGAAUAUGAACGUUAGAUGUUACAUAUGCAUGCUUAAUCAUGUCAGACAAAGAUGUUUGUAAAUUUCAGGGACUUAAGUAGAGGCUGUGCCUUUAAAGACUGGAAAAGUCCUGGCUGUGGGUUAAACUGACCUGUCAUGUAUUUUUGAGUUCUUAAAGGGGGGGUGAAAUGCUCAUUUUCACUCAAUAUAGUACAUAUACAGUAGUACAUAUAGAGUAGUACUGCAUCCUUCAUAACUCCAAAAAGUCUUUAGUUUUAUUAUAUUCAUAA